CAGCAGGUAAGUGUGUGCCUGCAGAAUGGAGCCGGGAGGGAGGGAAGGAACCUUAGCACAUGGCAAACCAGCAGCCCCAAAGCUUGAGGUGAGUGAGGAAGGUGAUGGUGACACUCAAGAAAGCAGCAGCGGGAGGCAGCAGGCAUCCCACCCCCUGCCUGUGCCAGGCACGGCUCGGCACAGCCCGACACGCCGUGUGCUCGAGGCUGGGCUCACUUUCAGCGUUUCAAAUUUGCCGGAUGAUAACCUCGGUGUCUGAGUUCACAGCCCUGAUCCCACCCACUUGAGAUCUGACUCAUGUUGCAGUCACCGCUGCCUGGAUAUUGGUACGAGAGCAGGGAGGGAGCUUGGUUCCAGAGGAGGAGGGAGCAAGGGAGGAGGAGAGGAGACAGGAGAGGGACCGAGGCAGCCGCGGCUCGCAGCACACGCUCCUGCCUUCCCAGCUGAGCCACACACCGCGGAAAGUUGGAGCCAGUGCGGCCACUGAAGCCUCCACACGCUCAGCAGCUGAGACAGCAGCAGCACCUUCCCCAGGUUAUCCUUGGGAGGUGGCAAAGCUCUGUCCCUGCUGGGGCACUGCUGACCACUGUCACCAACCAAACAUGCAGAGGGCCUGAGAGCCCAAAUGGUCACUCAGAGAAAAGGAGAAGGCAAGAAAGGAAAAGAAGCAGGUGAGACCCACCAGCAGCUGCCACAGGGCAUCAUCUCCAGCACUGAGCUCCCAGAGGGGACCAACAGGCACAAAUGAGUUGCAGUUCCACAUCUUUCCUAGACCAUGUCAUUCCCAGCACACAAGGCUGAACAUAUGAAGUGACUCUGCAGUGUUCUCCAAGGUCUCUGUAGAGUAAGGGUCACUUUGGGAAAGGCUCUACCCUGCCUGGUACAGGCUGACUCCAGGCAGCUCUGGAGCUGAUGAGAGCAGGACUGCUCCAUCCUCGCAGUGACACCAUGGAUCCGUGUUAUAACCACACAAACUCUCAAAAAAUGGACUCCUCUGUGCAGGUGGUGGUCGGGUUCUUCCUCGUCACCCUCAUCGUGAUCACUCUCAGUGGUAACAUCAUCGUCUGCCUGGCUGUCAUCCUCGACCGCCGGCUCAGGAGCUUGACAAACUGCUUCAUUGUCUCCUUGGCCAUCACAGAUCUGCUGCUGGGCCUCCUGGUGCUGCCAUUCUCUGCUUACUAUGAACUCGCCAGGAAGUGGCCCUUUGGCAGCAUUUUGUGCAACAUCUACACCAGCCUGGACGUCAUGCUGUGCACGGCCUCCAUCCUCAACCUCCUCAUGAUCAGCCUGGACCGCUACUUUGCUGUCACCACCCCGCUGCGCUACUGCCAGGUGGUCACUCCCUCCCGGGUGGCCGUGGGUUUGGUUGUUAUUUGGACCGUUUCACUGAUGUUCUCCUUCCUACCCAUCCACCUGGGCUGGAACACCAACGGGACAGAAGUGCAAAACACAGACCCCACGUGCAACAUGGAGUGCACGCUGGCAGUGAACCGUGUGUACGGGUUAGUGGACGCCUUGCUCACCUUCUACAUCCCUUUGGUCAUCAUGUGCAUCACCUACUACCGGAUACUCAGGAUAGCAAGGGAGCAAGCCAAGAGGAUAAACCACACGUGGGGCAGCACGUCCAUGCCGCCCAUGGUGAAGGAGCACAAAGCCACGGUGACGCUGGCGGUGGUGCUGGGAGCGUUCAUCGUGUGCUGGUUCCCCUAUUUCACCGUGUUCACCUACCGGGGGGUGUGGGGGGACAGCAAGGUCAAAGGCACCCCCAUGUCCAUCGUUCUGUGGCUGGGCUAUGCCAACUCAGCCCUGAACCCCAUCCUCUAUGGGACACUCAACAAGGAUUUCCGGCUGGCAUACCAGCACUUGCUGCACUGCUGGAGGAUGGGACACCCCAGGAACCCCCACCUGCCUCCCCUCCAGAAGGCCCAGCCCAGGGGCAGCCAGGGCCAGGGCGGGCAGGAGGGUAAACCCUUGAAACUGGAAGUGAGGAGUGAGAAGGGGACCCUGCUCACUGAUGGAGCCCUCAAGAGGAUCCCUGCUCUGGCACAUGACAUUCACUCCAUCCCCAAACGCUGCUGGAGAGUUCUCUGCCCGCCCAGGUGUCUUCCCAGGAGGGUGGUGUGUUAGAAGAGCCCUUGGAGGAGCUGCAGAACAACAUCGCCCCUGUCCUGUCUGGGCAGUGACACUUUCAGCAUCAAGUCCCACACCAGCAGGAAGAGAUGCCUGAGAGCUGGGUCAGGAAGCAGCACAUGCCCUUGACAGGACUGGGAUGGGAUUUGGGAUGGGAUUUGGGAUGGGAUGGGAUGGGAUUUGGGAUGGGAGUGCCCUCUCCAGAGCCAUGGCAGUAGGUCAGGCUGCAAGGGCAUGGGGGCUGUUGCUGAGGUCUUGGUGCCAGGCAGACCAGCCUAGGAUGGAGAAAAGCAGCACAGGCACUUCCCUGGUGUCCUGGGGAUGUGACCACUCCUCAGAGGGGGCAAGGCCUGGUAGAUGGGGUGAUGUGCCAGAAGGGCUCAGCCCUCAGGGUGAUGUUGGCAGUGCUGGAUGUCCGUGCACAGGACACCCCAGUCCCUCAGCAUCCAUGCUGGGGCAAGGCUGUCUCCCAUCCCUGGGGCUGUCCUUACAGCACACCACCUGUCCCAGCCCUCCUGCAAGGGAAAGAGAAGCCCUGGAGCCUGCUGGGCCAUGAGAGACACUGAGCAGCCAGGGCUCAAUGCUAAGGCUCCCAAAAGAGGAUGUUUCUGCCCUGAGCCUGUGCAGAAAUUAUCAGUGGUAUAAAAAU